AUGGAGCAUAGCGAAGACUGGACUCGACGAAGAAACGAGCGUCAGAGUUCUGCUAUUUCGACGUCAUCAGCUAGGAUAACUUCAGGUACAGAUGAAUUUCAUAUGAUUGACAAAAGUACAAAUGCAACCUACACAAAAAGUUUAACUAUUUCUCAUGACAGUAAUCAAGCCAAUGUAAAAUUUUUCAACAACCCAUUGUUUCAUACAAAACUGCAACGACAUUUAUCUCAAACAUAUGAUAUACAAUGUUCGAUUGAAUUAGAACGAAAUCAAAUUAUCUUAACUAUGAUCGGUAUAAAACAUCAAGUGAAAUCUGGCUGUCGAGACAUUAAAAUUCUCUUCGAAACAACAAGAACAAAAAUCUACAAUUCCGAAACUACGGAUCAAAAAGUAGACAAUAGUUUGCAACAACUCAAAGAUAUUGAGAGUGAUUAUAAGAAUGAUAAUGUUCAAAUACGAAUAAGACAGAAAGAAUUUUAUGCACCUCAAUAUCGAAUCGAAGAAAUUAAACAACGCAUUUAUGAACUUAUAUGUCAAACAAUUAUCUGUUCGAUUCAAAUGAUUGAAAAUUCUCUUUCCUUAAUUGACGAUAACAACUCACAGUUGAAUGAAAUUGCUAAAAAUUAUUGCUGUCGUAUAGAAAGAAUUGAAUCAAAGGCUGAAAUGCAAGUUUUUCCGAUACCUAAAGCAUUAACAAAAACAUCAUCAACUCCAAGUCUAACUAUUCGACAAUCAGAUGCAUUUUGUUCAUCAUUGUCUGUAAAAAAAAUUUCUGUGCUAAAUGGUUCAGUAGAAAUUUAUACUGCUGAUUAUUCUUUGCCAUUUUUAAAGGAUGUUACUGUGGUUUCUACAGAUGCAGGAGCACUUCAAGAACAUAUUGAGCAUAUGCAUGAGAAUGGAUUCUUUGAAACACCAUCGGGUAGAAAAAUUGUAUUUUGCCGUUGGUCACAUCGUACUAGAACAGAAGGUAAAGCAAGUGCAAAAUUAAAAAGAUCGAUUGGAAAAUUUAUGUCAUAUGUCGCACAAACAAUCACUAAUAAUUGUCCUGAUGCUGAAAAGAUUGCAUUUUCAACAUGUGAAUGGGAAAAUUUUCGUGAUCAAUCGCAAUUUGCUGAAGAGCUUAUUAUUGAAAUGAAACAAGUACUUGAAUUAAAAAGAUCACGUUGGAGAUUUUUGUUAACUUUCAAUCAUGAACAAAGCCUUUUGUGCAAAGAAUUUCUUCAAGUAAUGACUCGAUUGCAGUCGGAUGAAGAUGGUUUUGCUCAAUUUCCCUGUUCAGUAUCGAGUCAGUAUUAA